AUGUCUCAAGUCAAAGAAAUCGAUGGGAGGCUUCCAACUUCCCAGCACUUUGAGGGUGAUGGCUCUGUAAAACUGGAUAUCCCUGUCUCCGUUCCGGAAGUGAGGCAAUCUACGAUUCGAAAGAAGUUUGACCGUCGAGUCCUUCCAAUUCUAUGCAUCCUAUAUGUCUUGUCUUACCUUGAUCGGGCGAAUAUCGGCAAUGCCAAAACUGCAGGCAUUGUCCAAGAUCUGCAACUUGAUGAUAAGCAAUGGUCUUGGGUUCUUUACUCUUUCUAUGUUUGUUAUAUUGUCUUUGAGUGGACUACAGUGUUAUGGAAGAUCUUCCCGGCUCAUUCCUACAUUGCCGUGUUGUGUAUUUGCUGGGGUGCGGCGGCAAUGUCUGCUGGUGCAGUUCAUACUUUUUCCCAACUCCUCGUUUGCAGAUGCCUGUUGGGGGUUUUCGAAGCUGUUUUUGGCUCUGGAGCUCCUUAUUUCUUAUCCUUGUUCUACCAACGAGAAGAACUAGGGUUCAGGGUUUCUAUUCUGUUAGGAAUGUCUCCGAUUGCGAACUGCUUUGCCUCUGCCCUUGCUUAUGGCAUUACUCAAAUCAAAGGAUCUCUAGAGCCUUGGCGAUAUCUUUUCAUUAUUGAGGGCGCGCCCACUGUGCUAUUCUCAGUGGUCGUGUUUUUCCUUCUCCCGGAUGCCCCAGGUAGUGCGAAGUUUUUAAGCGAGGCCGAGCAAACCGAGGCUAUUGAACGACUCGAAACAUUCGAUCGCACGGAGAAAAGUAAACUGCAAUGGAACCAGGUACUCAGAGGCCUGCUCGACUACAAGAACUAUGUUCAUAUGACAAUCCACUUCUGUUGCAACUAUUCCUUCUCUGGUUUAUCCAAUUUUCUACCAACAAUCCUGGAGACCAUGGGAUAUACGUCUGUCAACGCACAAGGAUUGGCUGCACCGCCUUACUUCGGAUCGUUUCUUUGCUGUAUCGCUGCUGCUCUGAUAUCUGAUCGGUGGGGGAAACGCGGGUUUAUUAUCACUUUCUUUGCCACCAUUGGCACAGCAGGGUACCUCAUUCUGACUUGCGUUAAUGACGAGUCAAAAACAGCUGCUCGCUAUAUUGGUGUGUGGUUAGCAACCUGUGGCAUAUUUCCAGCGCUUGCAAUAAAUAUUACCUGGCUCUUGAAUAAUCAGGGUGGUGAGAGCAAGAAAGGUGCAGGUAUGGCAAUUCUCGCUAUCUUUGGACAGUGUUCGAGUUUGAUUAGUAGCUCUGUCUUUCCUCAUUCGGAUGCGCCUCUCUACAAAAAGGGGGUUGCUCUUGGGUGCGCUUUCACUGGCCUGAUCGCGAUAUUAGCUAUGGGAUUACAUGUGCUUCUGGAGAUGGAGAACAGAAGACGAGAUCGGAUAUAUGGAAAAGUCAACAAGCGAGAUAGGGUGGAUGUAACCAACGGCGGUGACAGUAGUCCUGGAUUUCGUUAUCUUACUUAA